AUGACCACUUCGAAAAAAGACAUAAAAAAGACACAGAGUGCAGGUAUGUACGAAAAGGCGAAACGUCUGCACCAGCAGGUUUCACACCUUACAGAAAAGCAUCAGAGGCGGCAAGCUCAAUGGUUGGAAGUUCAGGGCCAUAUUCUCCAACACAAAGCUUUCACCGAAGAGCACGUCGUUGACAUGGGCGACAAAAUUUGUUACUGUAAAUUCAAAGAACCUAAACUAGCUUCAGUCUCUCUAGAAGCGAAAGAUGGAAGUAUCACUGGCAGUAUAAAAACUGAAAAUGUUCAAGCUGCAAAAUUAGAAGAACAAGCUAAAGUAACCAACGGUAGUAAGAAGCCAGAAAAGGAGAAAUCAGAAUUUUCUCCAUUUUCAUCCACUUCUGGAGACCACAGUUCUGUAAGGACCAGUGCUGGAAAACCACACACACAGUCAGUUACAGCCUCUGUUCAUUCAUCUGAUUUCAACUCAGAGGAGACAGGUGACAUUAAACUAACAUCAGUAAGUCUCACACAAAGUUCUACGGCUAAACACAGCCAGGAAAUUCCCACACAGGGAACAUCGUGGCUCAUCCAAAAACUAUCAAGGCGUCCACCUAAGGGAGAAGUACAGGUAGCUCCAGGUCCAUCAGGAAACAGUCACGAAUAUCCAAUUCAUGUAGAAGGUACAGGAAGUGUUCCUCAUCAGAACAAACAAACUCCAGCAACUGGACAUGACGGUACUUCCUCUGCCUUACAAGCAUCUCCCUUAACUACAGGAAGGGCACCAAGUCAGAAUGCACAGAGUUCGACGAAUGCACAUGCUGAAACUUCCUCUGCAGUACCCUCAUCUGCCUCGACUUAUGGUAAUGUACCAAGCCAGAUUGCACAAAGUUCGGUAAAUGCACAUGUUCCAACAUUCUCUGCAAUACCACCAUCACCCUGGACUACAGGAGGUGUAACAAGUCAGAAUGCCUACAGUUUGGCAAAUGCACAUGCUGAAACUUCCUCUGCAAUACCACAAUUUUCCUGGAUUACAGGAGGUGUAUCUGAUCAGAAAGAACGUAGUUCCGCAAAUGCACAAGCUGAAGCUACUUAUGCUCCACUACAGUCCCCAUGGACUACCGGAAGUGUACCAAGUCAGAAUGCACACACAUCAGCAAAUGCACAAGCUGAAACAUCUGUGACAAUACCACCAUCUCCCUGGCCUACAGGAAGUGUACAAAGUCAGAACGCACAGACAAUGGCAAAUGCACAACCUGAAACAUCCUCUGCAAUAACACAAUCCCCACGUACUACAGGAGGUCUACAAAGUGAGAAGGCAUACAGUUCAGCAAAUGCACAUGCUGAAACUUUCUUUGCAGUACUACCACCAUCCAUGACAACAGGAGGAGUAACAGGUCAGAAUGCAAACAUUGUGGCCAAUGCACAUGCAGAAACCUCACUUGCAAUACCAGCAUCUUCCACAACAACAGGAAGUGUACUAAGUCAGAAUACACACAAUUCAGCAAAUGCACAUGUUGAAACAUUCUCAGUGUUACAACCAUCUUCCUGGACAACAGGAAGUGUACCAACUCAGAAUGCCUACACUCUGGCAAAUGCACAAGCUGGUACUUCUUCUGCACUACCAUCAUCUCCCUUAACUGCAAGCAGUGUAACAAGUCAGAACACACACACUUCAACAAAUGCACAUGCUGAAAUUUCCUCGCCAUUGUCACCAUCUCCCUGGACUGCAGGAAGUGUACAUAAUCAGAAAGCACAGAGUUCAGCAAAGGCACAUGCUGAAACUUCCUUUACAUUACAACCACCUUCGAAUACAGGAAGUGUAGCAGGUCAUAAAACACACAGUGCAGCAAAUGCACAGUCUGAUACUUACUCUGCAACACCACAACCUUCCUUGACUACAAGUAGUGUAACGAGUAAGAAAGCACACACUUCAACGUAUACACAUGCUGAAUCUUUGUCUGCAAUACCACCAUCACCCAUGACAACAGGAGGUGUAGUGAGUCAGACUGCACACAGUUCGGCAAAUGCACAAACUAUAACUUUCCCUGCAAUUACUAUAUCGCCUUGGACUACUGGAAGUAUACCAAACCCCAUUGCGCAAAGUGUGGCAGAUUCACAAGCUGAAAUUUUCUCUGCAGUGCCACCAUAUCCCUUGACCUCAAGUAGUGCACCAAGUCAGAAACCACACACUUCAGCAAAAUCACAUCCUGGAACUUCGUCUGCAAUACCAUUACCCAUGACAGCAAGAGGGGUAACAAGUCAGAACCCAUACAAUUCGGCAAAUGCACAUGCUGAGAUUUCCUCUGCAGUACCAACAUCUCUCUGGACUGCUGCAAGGGUACCAGGUCAGAUUGCACACAGUCUAGCAAGUGCACAUGCAGAAACAAUAUCUGCAAUACCAACAUCUUCCUCGGCUACAGGAGGUGUACUAAGUCAGAAUACACACAGCACAGCAAAUGUACAUGCAGAAACGUUUCCUGCCUUACAACCACCCCCUGUCAAAGUAGGAAGUGUGCCAAAUACCAAUGCACAGAGUUCGGCAAAUUCAUAUGCUAAAACUUUCUCUGUAGUACCAUCAUCCCUGUGGUCUACCGGAAAAGUAUCAAGUCAGAUGGCACAUAGUUCAGCAAAUGCAUUAGCUGCAGCUUCCUCCACAUUACCACUAUCACCCAAAACCACAGGAGGUGUACCCAGUCAGAAAGCACACAGUUUGGCAAAUGCAAAUGCUGAAUCACCCUCAGCAAUUCCAAUAUCUCCCUGGACAGCAGGAGGUGUACUAAGGCAGAAUGCACACAUUUCAGCAAACGCAUAUUCUGAAACUUCUGGUGCAGCAGCUCCAUCUCUCUGGAGUACAGGAAGUUUACCAAGUCAGAAUGUGCACAGUAUGGCAAAUGCACAAGCUGAAACAUCCUCCAAAAUAGCACAAUCUCCUUGGACUACAAUGGAUGUACUAAGUCAGAAUACUCACAGUUCAGCAAGUGCACAUGCUGUAAUGCCCUCUGCAUUACGACCAUUAACGAUGAUUAAAGUAGGUGUACCAAGUAAGAACGCACACAGUUCUGCAAAUACACAUGCAGAAACAUCCUCUACCUUACAACCAUCCCCUAUGACUAUCGGUAGCAUAACCAUUCCAGAUGUACAGAGUUCAGAGAACUCACAUGCUCAAACUGCCUCUGCAAUACCACCAUCCAUCUGGACUACAGGACUUUCACCAAGUCAGACGGCACACAAUUUGGCAAAUGCACAAGCUGGAACUUACUCUACAAUUCCACUAUCCCCCUUGACUACAGGAAGUACACCGAAACAAAUCACCCAAAAUUUGGCAAAUGCAUAUACUGAAACUUCCUCUGCAAUACCACCAUCUCCAUUGACUACAAGUAGCGUACCAAGCCAGGAAGCACAGACUUCAGCAGGAGCACAUGGUGGAACUUUAUCUGCAAUACCACCAUCACCUAUGAUGACAGGAGGUGUGCCAAAUCAGAAUGCACACAAUUCGGCAAAUGCGCAUGCUGUAGCUUCGCCAUCAUCUCAAAUGACUACAAAAAGUGUAUCAAGUCAGAAUAACCACAAUUUAACAAAUGCAAAGACUGCAACUUCCUCUGCCUUACCAGCAUCUCCCAUGACUUUGGAAAGUGUACCACAUCAGAAUGGACAGAGUUCGGUAAAUGCAAAUGCUGAGACUUCGUCUCCAAUAUCAUCAUCUACCUGGAAAGCUGGAAGGUUAUCAGGUGUGACUGCACACAGUUCAGCAGAUGCACAUGGCACAUAUUCCUCUGCAGUACCUCCAUCUCCCUGGACUAUAGGAAAUGUACCACACAAGAUGGCUCACGGUUCUGCAGAUGCACAUGCAGCAACUCCCUCAGCAAAACCACAAUAUUCGUCGACUACAGGAAAUAAACCAAGUGAGAAUACACACAGCUCAGCAAAUACAAAUGCUGAAACUUCCUCUGCCUUUCAGCAAACUACCAUGAAUAUAAAAAAUCCAACAAAUCACAAUGCAAAGAGUUCCACUAAUGCACAUUCUGAAACUUCCUCUGCAGAACGAACAUCGCCCUGGACUACAGGAGAUGUACCAAGUCACAACGCACACAUAACAGAAAAUGCACAAGCUGGAAGAACUUCUACAGUAGCACCACCUUCCUUGACUACAGGGAGUGAACCAACUACAAACACACACAGUUCAGCUAAAGCACAAGCUGAAAUUUCCCCUGCUUUACAAUCAUUGCCUUUGACUAUUGGAAGUGUACCAAUUGAGAACACAGCAAGUUUGGAAAAUGUGCAGGCUGAAACUUCCUCUGCAAUAUCACCAUCAUCGAUAAAUGCUGGAGAAAUACCAAGUAAGAAAGUAUACAGUUCAGCCAAUGUACGUGCUGAAACUUCCUCUGCAGUACCACCAUCACACUGGACUACAGGAAGUGUACUAAGUCAGAAGGCACACAGUUUAGCAAAUACAAAUUCCGAAACGACUGCUGCAAUAGCAGCAUCUACCUGGACUACAGUUAGUGUACCAAUUCAGAAUGCACAAAGUAUGGCAAAUGCACAUGCCGGAACAGCAUCAGCAAUAUCAUCAUCAACCAUGGCUUCAGCUAUUGUACUAAGUAAGAAUGCAGACAGCUUGACAAACGCAAAUGCUGAACGUUCGUCUGCAGUAACACCAUCUUCCACGACUGCAGGAACUGUACCAAAUUCGAUUUUACACACUUCAGCAAAUGCACAGGCUGAAACUUCCUCAUCUAUACAAUCAUCUCCAUUGACUAUAGGAAGUGUGACAAGGAAGAAUGCAGAGAGUGAGGCAAAUGCACAUGCUGAAAGUUCCUAUGAUGUACUAACAUCCCCCUGGACGACAGGAAUCGUACCAAGUCAACACGCUCAAAGUUCAGCAAAUGCACAGGCAGAACUGUAUCCCGUAAAACCAUUAACACUCUUAACUAUGGGAGAAGUACGAAGUCAAAAUUCUUACAGGUCCCCAAAUGCACAUGUUGAAGUAUCCGCGGCAAUAUCACCAUCUCCUAUGACUAAAGGAAAUGUACCAAGUCAAAAAGAACCCAAUUCAGCAAAAGCACAUGAUGAAACAUCAUCUGUUAAACCUUCAUUUUCCCAGAAUUCAGGUAGUUCAACUAAUACGAAAACACACAGUACGGCAAAUGCACAGGCUGAAAUUUCCUCUACAAUACCACCACCAUCCAUGACUAUCGGAGAAGUACCAAGUCAAAGUGCCUACAGUUCAGCCAAUGCACAUGCUGAAGCAUACUCUGCAAUAGCACACAGUUCAGUAGAAGCACAUGCUGAAUCGUCAGCAGUAAUUCCACCAUUUUCCUGGAGUACAGGCAGUGCACUUAGUGAGAAAACGCAAAGUAUGGCAAAUGCACAAACUGAAAUUUCCUCAGCAGUACCAACAUUACCCAGGACUGCAGGAAAUGUACUAAAUAAGAAGGCACACAGUACAGCAAAUUCACAUUCUGAAACAUCUGCUGCAACAGCACCAUCUACAUGGACUACCGGUACAGCACCAAGUCUGAAUACACACAGCAUUGGAAAUGUACAUUCUGGAACUGCCUCAGCAAUCCCCCCAUCAGCCAUUCUCUCAGGAGAUGUACCUAGUCAUAAUGCACACAUCUCAUCAACUGCACAUGCUGAAAGUGCUUCUGCAAUAGGACCACCUUCCUUAACUGCAGGGAAUUUACCAACUCCAAACAUACACAGUUCAGCUGAAGAACAUGCUGAAAUUUCCCCUGCAUUAAAACCAUCUCCCUUGUCUAUUGGAAGUGUACCAAGUCAGAAUACAGAGAGUUUGGCAAAUGCACAGGCUGAAAUUUCCUCUACAAUACCACCACCAUCCAUUACUAUCGGACAAGUACCAAGUCAAAGUGCCUACAGUUCAGCCAAUGCACAGGCUGAAGCAUACUCUACAAUAGCCUCAUCACCAAUGACUACAGAAGGUAUACCAAGUCCAAAAGCACACAGUUCAGCAGAAGCACAUGCUGAAUCGUUUGCAGUAAUUCCACCACAUUUCUGGACUACAGGUAGUUCACCUAGUGAGAAAACGCACAGUAUGGCAAAUGCACAAACUGAAAUUUCCUCAGCAGUACCAACAUUACCCUGGACUACAGGAAGUGUACUAAAUGAGAAGGCACACAGUACAGCAAGUUCACAUUCUGAAACAUCUGCUGCAACAGCACUAUCUACAUGGACUACCGGUAGUGUACACAGUCCGAAUGCACACAGCAUGGCAAAUGCACAUGCUGGAAUUGCCUCAGCAAUCCCCCCAUUAGCCAUUCUUUCAGGUGAUGUACCUAGUCAUAAUGGACACAGCUCAUCAACUGCACAUGCUGAAAGUGCUUCUGCAAUAGGACCACCUUCCUUAACUGCAGGGAAUUUACCAACUCCAAACAUACACAGUUCAGCUAAAGCACAUGCUGCAAUUUCCCCUGCUUUUAAACCAUCACCUUUGACUACUGGAAAUGUACCUAGUCUGAAAACAGAGAGCUUAGCAAAUGCACAGGCUGAAACAUCCUCUGCAAUACCAUCAUCAUGUAUGACUAUCGGAAAAGUACCAAGUCAAAGUGCCUACAGUUCAGCAGAUGCACAGGCUGAAGCAUACUCUGCAAUAGCACCAUCACCAAUGACUACAGGAGGUAUACCUAGUCCGAAAGCACACAGCUCAGCAAGAGCACAUGCUGAAUCGUUGGCAGUAAUUACACCACAUUUCUGGACUACAGGCAGUGCACCUAGUGAGAAAACGCACAUUAUGGCAAAUGCACAAACUGAAAUUUCCUCAGCAGUACCAACAUCACCCUGGACUACAGGAAGUGUACUAAAUGAGAAGACACACAGUACAGCAAAUUCACAUACUCAAACAUCUGCUGCAACUGCAUCAUCAACAUGGACUACCAGUAGUCUACAAAGCCCGAAUGCACACAGCAUGGUACAUGCACAUGCUGGAAAUGCCUCAGCAAUCCCUCCAGCAUCCAUUGCUUCGGAAGAUGUACCUAGUCAUAAUGAACACAUCUCGUCAACUGCACAUGCUGAAAGUGCUUCUGCAGUGGGACCACCUUCCUUAACUAAAGGGAAUUUACAAACUCCAAACGUACACAGUUCAGCUAAAGCACAUGCUGAAAUUUCCCCUGCUUUAAAACCAUCUCCUUUGACUAUUGUAGGUGUAGCAAGUCAGAAUACAGAAAGCUUAGCAAAUGCACAGGCUGAAACUUCAUCUGCAUUACCAUUAUCAUCCACGACUAUCGGGAGGGUACCAGGUCAAGGUGCCUACAGUUCAGCCAAUGUACAUGCUGAAGCAUACCCUGCAAUAGCUCUAUCACCAAUGACUACAGAAGGUAUACCAAUUCCGAAAGCACACAGUUCAGCUGAAGCACAUGCUGAAUUGUUAGCAGUAAUUCCACCAUAUUUCUGGACUACAGGUAGUGCACCUAGUGAGAAAACGCACAUUAUGGUAAAUGUACAAACUGUAACUUCCUCAGCAGUACAAACAUUACCCUGGACUACAGGAAGUGUACUAAAUGAGAAGACACACAGUACAGCAAAUUCACAUUCUGAAACAUCUGCUGCAACUGCACCAUCUCCAUGGACUACUGGUAGUGUACAAAGUCUGAAUUCACACAGCAUGGCAAAUGCACAUGCUGGAACUGUCUCAGCAAUACCCCCAACAGCCAUUCUUUCAGGAGAUGUACCAAGUCCUAAUGCACACAGCUCAUCAAUUGCACAUGCUGAAAGUGCUUCCGCAAUAGUACCAUCUUACUUAACCAAAGGGAAUUUACAACCUCCAAACAUACACAGUUCAGCUAAAGCACAUGCCGAAAUUUCCCUUGCUUUAAAACCAUCAUCCUUGACUACUGGAAAUGUACCAAGUCAGAAAACAGAGGGCAUAGCAAAUUCACAGGCUGAAACAUCCUCUGCAAUACCAUCAUCAUCCAUGCCUAUCGGAAAAGUACCAAGUCAAAGUGCCUACACUUCAGCAAAUGCACAGGCUGAAGCAUAUUCUGCAAUAGCACCAUCAGAAAUGACUACAGGAGGUAUACCAAGACCGAAAGCACACAGUUCAGCAGAAGCACAUGCUGAAUCGUUAGCAGUAAUUCCACCACAUUUCUGGAAUACAAGUAGUGCACCUAGUGAGAAAUCGCACAGUAUGGCAAAUGCACAAACUGAAAUUUCCUCAGCAGUACCAACAUUACCCUGGACUACAGGAAGUGUACAAAAUGAGAAGGCACACAGUACAGCUAAUUCACAUUCUGAAACAUCUGCUGCAACAGCACCAUCUACAUGGACUACUGGUAUCACACCUAGUCCGAAUACAGACAGCCUUGCAAAUGCAAAUGCUUAUACUGCCUCAGCAAUCCCACCAUCAGCCAUUGUUUCAGGAGAUGUACCUAGUCAUAAUGCACACAGCUCAUCAACUGCACGAGCUGAAUCUGCUUCUGCAAUUGGACCGCCUUCCUUAACUAAAGCGAAUUUACCAGAUCAAAAUAUACAGAGUUCAGCUAAAGCACAUGCUUCAAUUUCCCCUGCUUUAAAACCAUCACCUUUGACUACUGGAAAUGUACCAAGUCAAAAAACAGAGAACUUAGCAAAUGCACAGGCUGAAACAUCCUCUGCUAUACCAUCAUCAUCCAUGACGAUCGGAAAAGUACCAAGGAAAAGUGCCUACAGUUCAGCCAAUGCACAGGCUGAAGCAUACUCUGCAAUAGCACCAUCACCAAUGACUACAGGAGGUAUACCAAGUCCGAAAGCACACACUUCAGCAGAAGCACAUGCUGAAUCGUUAGCAGUAAUUCCACCAUAUUUCUGGACUACAGGUAGUGCACCUAGUGAGAAAACGCACAUUAUGGCAAAUGUACAAACUGUAAUUUCCUCAGCAGUACCAACAUUACCCUGGACUACAGGAAGUGUACUAAAUGAGAAGACACACAGUACAGCAAAUUCACAUUCUGAAACAUCUGCUGCAACUGCACCAUCUACAUGGACUACUGGUAGUGUACACAGUCUGAAUGCACACAGCAUUUCAAAUGUGCAUGCUGGAACUGCCUCAGCAAUCCCAUCAUCAGCCAUUCUUUCAGGAGAUGUACCAAGUCAUAAUUCACACAGCUCAUCAACUACACAUGCUGAAGGUGCUUCUGCAAUGGGACCACCUUCCUUAACUGCAGGGAAUUUACCAACUCCAAACAUACACAGUUCAGCUAAAGCACAUGCUGCAAUUUCCCCUGCUUUUAAACCAUCACCUUUGACUACUGGAAAUGUACCAAGUCAGAAAACAGAGAGCUUAGCAAAUGCACAGGCUGAAACAUCCUCUGCAAUACCAUCAUCAUCCAUGACGAUCAGAAAAGAACCAAGUCAAAGUGCCUACAGUUCAGCCAAUGCACAGGCUGAAGCAUACUCUGCAAUAGCACCAUCACCAAUGACUACAGGAGGUAUACCAAGUCCUAAAGCACACACUUCAGCAGAAGCACAUGCUGAAUCGUUAGCAGUAAUUCCACCAUAUUUCUGGACUACAGGUAGUGCACCUAGUGAGAAAGCGCACAGUAUGGCAAAUGCACAAACUGAAAUUUCCUCAGCAGUACCAACAUUACCCUGGACUACAGGAAGUGUACUAAAUGAGAAGGCACACAGUGCAGCAAGUUCACUUUCUGAAACAUCUGCUGCAACUGCACCAUCUCCCUGGACUACUGGUAGCGUACACAGUCCGAAUGAACACAGCAUGGCAAAUGCACAUGCUGGAAUUGCCUCAGCAAACCCCCCAUUAGCCAUUCUUUCAGGUGAUGUACCUAGUCAUAAUGCACACAGCUCAUCAACUGCAAAUGCUGAAAGUGCUUCUGCAAUAGGACCACCUUCCUUAACUGCAGGGAAUUUACCAACUCCAAACGUACACAGUUCAGCUAAAGUACAUGCUGAUAUUUCCCCUGCUUUAAAACCAUCACCUUUGACUACUGGAAAUGUACCAAGUCAGAAAACAGAGAGCUUAGCAAAUGCACAGGCUGAAACAUCCUCUGCUAUACCAUCAUCAUCCAUGACGAUCAGAAAAGUACCAAGUCAAAGUGCCUACAGUUCAGCCAAUGCACAGGCUGAAGCAUACUCUGCAAUAGCACCAUCACCAAUGACUACAGGAGGUAUACCAAGUCCUAAAGCACACACUUCAGCAGAAGCACAUGCUGAAUCGUUAGCAGUAAUUCCACCAUAUUUCUGGACGACAGGUGGUACACCUAUUGAGAAAACGCACAGUAUGGCAAAUGCACAAACUCAAAUUUCCUCAGCAGUAUCAACAUUACCCUGGACUACAGGAAGUGUACUAAAUGAGAAGGCACACAGUACAGCAAGUUCACAUUCUGAAACAUCUGCUGCAACUGCACCAUCUCCAUGGACUACUGGUAGUGUACACAGUCUGAAUGCACACAGCAUGGCAAAUGCGCAUGCUGGAACUGCCUCAGCAAUCCCAUCAUCAGCCAUUCUUUCAGGAGGUGUACCAAGUCGUAAUUCACACGGCUCAUCAACUGCACAUGCUGAAGGUGCUUCUGCAAUGGGACCACCUUCCUUAACUGCAGGGAAUUUACCAACUCCAAACAUACACAGUUCAGCUAAAGCACAUGCUGCAAUUUCCCCUGCUUUUAAACCAUCACCUUUGACUACUGGAAAUGUACCAAGUCAGAAAACAGAGAGCUUAGCAAAUGCACAGGCUGAAACAUCCUCUGCAAUACCAUCAUCAUCCAUGACGAUCAGAAAAGUACCAAGUCAAAGUGCCUACAGUUCAGCCAAUGCACAGGCUGAAGCAUACUCUGCAAUAGCACCAUCACCAAUGACUACAGGAGGUAUACCAAGUCCUAAAGCACACACUUCAGCAGAAGCACAUGCUGAAUCGUUAGCAGUAAUUCCACCAUAUUUCUGGACUAGAGGUGGUGCACCUAUUGAGAAAACGCACAGUAUGGCAAAUGCACAAACUCAAAUUUCCUCAGCAGUAUCAACAUUACCCUGGACUACAGGAAGUGUACUAAAUGAGAAGGCACACAGUACAGCAAAUUCACAUUCUGAAACAUCCGCUGCGACUGCAUCUCCCUGGACUACUGGUAGUGUACACAGUCCGAAUGCACACAGCAUGGCAAAUGCACAUGCUGGAACUGCCUCAGCAAUCCCCUCAUCAGCCAUUCUUUCAGGAGAUGUACCAAGUCAUAAUUCACACAGCUCAUCAACUGCACAUGCUGAAGGUGCUUCUGCAAUGGGACCACCUUCCUUAACUAAAUGGAAUUUACCAACUCCAAACAUACACAGUUCAGUUAAAGCACAUGCUGAAAUUUCCACUGCUUUAAAACCAUCUCCUUUGACUAUUGUCAGUGUAGCAAGUCAGAAUACAGAAAGCUUAGCAAAUGCACAGGCUGAAACUUCAUCUGCAUUACCAUCAUCAUCCAUGACUAUCGGGAGGGUACCAGGUCAAGGUGCCUACAGUUCAGCCAAUGUACAAGCUGAAGCAUACCCUGCAAUAGCUCUAUCACCAAUGACUACAGAAGGUAUACCACUUCCGAAAGCACACAGUUCAGCUGAAGCACAUGCUGAAUCAUUAGCAGUAAUUCCACCAUUUUUCUUGACUACAGGUAGUUCACCUAGUGAGAAAGCGCACAGUGUGGCAAAUGCACAAACUCAAAUUUCUUCAGCAGUACCAACAUUACCCUGGACUACAGGAAGUGUACUAAAUGAGAAGGCACACAGUACAGCAAAUUCACAUUCUGAAACAUCCGCUGCAACUGCAUCCCUCUGGACUACUGGUAGUGUACACAGUCCGAAUGCACACAGCAUGGCAAAUGCACAUGCUGGAACUGCCUCAGCAAUCCCUCCAUUAGCCUUUCUUUCAGGUGAUGUACCUAGUCAUAAUGCACACAGCUCAUCAACUGCACAUGCUGAAAGUGCUUCUGCAAUAGGACCACCUUCCUUAACUGCAGGGAAUUUACCAACUCCAAACAUACACAGUUCAGCUAAAGCACAUGCUGAUAUUUCCCCUGCUUUAAAACCAUCACCUUUGACUACUGGAAAUGUACCAAGUCAGAAAACAGAGGGCGUAGCAAAUUCACAGGCUGAAACACCCUCUGCAAUACCAUUAUCAUCCAUGACUAUCGGAAAAGUACCAAGUCAAAGUGCCUCUAGUUCAGAUAAUUCACAGGCUGAAGCAUAUUCUGCAAUAGGACCAUCACCAGUGACUACAGGAUGUAUACCUAGUCCGCAAGCACUCAGCUCAGCAGAAGCACAUGCUGAAUCGUUAGCAGUCAUUCCACCAUUUUCCUGGACUACAGGUAGUGCACCUAGUGAGAAAACGCACAGUAUGUCAAAUGCACAUGCUGAAAUUUCCUCUGCAGUACCAACAUUACCCUGGACUACAGGAAGUGUACUAAGUGGGAUGGCACACAGUACACCAAAUUCACAUUCUGAAACAUCUGCUGUAACAGCCACAUCUCCAUGGACUACCGGUAGUGAACCUAGUCCGAAUAUACACAGCAUGGAAAAUGCACAUGCUGGAACUGCGUCAGCAAUCCCACCAUCAGCCAUUCUUUCAAGAGAUGUACCUAGUCAUGAUGUACACAGCUCAUCAACUGCGGACACUGAAAGCACUUCUGCAAUUGGACCACCUUAUUUAACUACAGGGAGUUUACCAAAUCCAAAUAUACACAAUUCGGCUAAAGCACAUGCUGAAAUAUCCCCUGCUUUUAAACCAUCUCCUGCAACAGCACCAUCUACAUGGACUACCAGUACAGCACCAAGUCUGAAUACACACAGCAUUGGAAAUGUACAUUCUGGAACUGCCUCAGCAAUCCCCCCAUCAGCCAUUCUCUCAGGAGAUGUACCUAGUCAUAAUGCACACAUCUCAUCAACUGCACAUGCUGGAAGUGCUUCUGCAAUAGGACCACCUUCCUUAACUGCAGGGAAUUUACCAAUUCCAAACAUACACAGUUCAGAUAAAGCACAUGCUGAAAUUUCCCCUGCUUUAAAACCAUCAUCCUUGACUGCUGGAAGUGUACCAAGUCAGAAUACAGAGAGUUUGGUAAAUGCACAGGCUGAAACGUCCUAUGCAAUACCAUCAUCAUCCAUGACUAUUGGAGUAAUACCAAGCCAAAGUGCCUACAGCUCGGCAAAUGCACAUGCUGAAGCAUACUCUGCAAUAGCACGAUCACCAAUGGCUACAGGUGGUAUACCAAGUCCGAAAGCACACAGUUCAGCGGAUGCACAUGCUGAAUCUUUAGCAGUAAUUCCACCGUUUUUCUGGAGUACAGGUAGUGUACCUAACGAGAAAACGCACAGUUUUGCACUUGCACAUGUUGAAACAGUCUCCGCAAUACCACCAUCAGUCUUGACUUCAGGAGGUGUACCCAAUCAGAACAUACACAGCUCACCAAAUGCACCUGCUGAAACUGCUUCUACCGUAGCACUGCCUUCCUUGAACACAGGAAGUGUACCCUUUCCAAAUACACACAGUUUAACUAAAGCACAUGCUGAAAAUUCCCUUGCUUUACAACCAUCUCCUUUGACUAUAGGAAGUGUAUCAAAUCUGAACACAGAGAGUUUGGCAAAUGCGCAUGCUGAAACUUUCUCUGCAGUAUCGUCUCCCUGGACUACAGGAGGAAUACCAAGUAACAAUGCUCAAAGCUCAGGAAAUACGCGGGCUGAAACUUACCCUGCAGUACUACUAUCAUCCAUGACUAUGGUGGAAGUACCAAGAAAUAAUGCAUACACCCCAGCAAAUGCACAAGCUGGAACUUCCUCUUCAGUAUCACCAUCACCCUUGACCUUGGAAAAAGUACCAGCUCAGAAUGCAUACAGCUCGGCAAAUGCACAUGCUGCAACUUCCUCUGCAGUACCACCAUCACCUUGGACCACUGGAAAUGUACCAAGUCAGAAGGCACACAGCUCAGCAAGUUCUCAUUCUGAAACAUCUGCUGCUUUGGCGCCAUCUUCGUGGACUGCAAGCAUUGUACCAAUUGAGACUGGACACACUACGGCAAACGCACAUGCUGCAGCAGUCUCAGUAAUACCACUAUCAAUCAUGACUUCAGGAGGUGUACCCAGUCAGAAUACAAAGAGCUCAGCAAAUCCACAUUCUGAAAGUGCUUCUACAGUAGCACCGCCUUCCUUGACUACAGGGAGUGUACCCACUCCAAAUACCCACAGUUCAGCCGAAGCACAUGUUGAAAUUUCCCCUGCUUUGCAGCCAUCUGCUUUGACUAUAGGAAGUGUACCAAAUCAGAAUACAGAGAGUUUGGCAAAUGCGCAUGCUGAAACUUUCUCUGCAAUAUCAUCACCCUGGACUACAGGAGGAAUACCAAGUAACAAUGCUCAAAGCUCAGGAAAUACGAGGGCUGAAACUUACCCUGCAGUACUACCAUCAUCCAUGACUAUGGUGGAAGUACCAAGAAAUAAUGCAUACACCCCAGCAAAUGCACAAGCUGGAACUUCCUCUUCAGUAUCACCAUCACCCUUGACCUUGGAAGAAGUACCAGCUCAGACUGCAUACAGCUCGGCAAAUGCACAUGCUGCAACUUCCUCUGCAGUACCACCAUCACCUUGGACCACUGGAAAUGUACCAAGUCAGAAGGCACACAGCUCAGCAAGUUCUCAUUCUGAAACAUCAACUGCUUUGGCACCAUGUUCGUGGACUGCAAGCAUUGUACCAAUUGAGACGGGACAUACUACGGCAAACGCACAUGCUGCAGCAGUCUCAGUAAUACCACUAUCAAUCAUGACUUCAGGAGGUGCACCCAGUCAGAAUACAAAGAGCUCAGCAAAUCCACAUUCUGAAAGUGCUUCUACAGUAGCACCGCCUUCCUUGACUACAGGAAGUGUACCCACUCCAAAUACCCACAGUUCAGCUGAAGCACAUGUUGAAAUUUCCCCUGCUUUACAACCAUUUGCUUUGACUAUAGGAAGUGUACCAAAUCAGAAUACAGAGAGUUUGGCAAAUGCGCAUGCUGAAACUUUCUCUGCAAUAUCAUCACCCUGGACUACAGGAGGAAUACCAAGUAACAAUGCUCAAAGCUCAGGAAAUACGCGGGCUGAAACUUACCCUGCAGUACUACCAUCAUCCAUGACUAUGGUGGAAGUACCAAUAAAUAAUGCAUACUCCCCAGCAAAUGCACAAGCUGGAACUUCCUCUUCAGUAUCACCAUCACCCUUGACCUUGGAAGAAGUACCAGCUCAGAAUGCAUACAGCUCGGCAAAUGCACAUGCUGCAACUUCCUCUGCAGUACCACCAUCACCUUGGACUACUGGAAAUGUACCAAGUCAGAAGGCACACAGCUCAGCAAGUGCUCAUUCUGAAACAUCUGCUGCUUUGGCGCCAUCUUCGUGGACUGCAAGCAGUGUACCAAUUGAGACUGGACCCACUAUGGCAACCGCACAUGCUGCAACAGCCUCAGUAAUACCACCAUCAAUCAUGACUUCAGGAGGAGUACCCAGUCAGAACACAAAGAGCUCAGCAAAUGCACAUGAGGAAAGUGUUUCUAUAGUAGCACCACCUUCCUUGACUACAGGGAGUGUAUCCACUCCAAAUACCUACAGUUCAGCUAAAGCACAUGCAGAAAUUUCGCCUGCUUUACAACCAUCUCCUUUGACUAUAGGAAGUGUACCAAAUCAGAAUACAGAGAGUUUGGCGUAUGCGCAUGCUGAAACUUUCUCUGCAAUACCAUCAUCUCUCUGGACAACAGGAAAUAUAUCAAAUCAGAUCGUUGAAAAUACGGCAAAUGUACAUGCAGAAGCUUCCUCUGCAGUACCACCGUCUACUUGGAUUACAGGAAGUGUUCCACAUCAAAGAACACAAAGUUCCGCUGUUGCACAUGCUGCAACUUCUCCUGCAACACGACAAUCUUCGUCGAUGGCAGAAAGUGUACCAAUUAGGGAUACACAGAGUUCAGUAAAUGCACAUGCUGCAAUUUCCCUUGCACUACCGUCUUCUCCAUGGGCGACAGGAACUGUGCCAAGUCAGAAUGCACACAGUAUGGCAAAUGCAAAUGCUGAAACUUCCCUUGCAAUACCAACAUUUCCCUGGACUACAGGGACUAUACGUAGUCAGAAUGAAAAGAUUUCGGGAAUAUCAAAUGCUGAAUCUUUCUCUGGCAUACAACCAUCACACUGGACUAGAGGUAGUGUACCAAGUCAGAACACACACACUUCAGCAAAAGCACAUGUGGAAACUUCCUCUGGAAUUGCACCAUCUUCGUUGUGUACAGGAAGUGUACCAGGUCGGAACAAAGGCACCCAUGAUGAAACUUUCUCUGCAAUAGGAGUUUCUCCUUGGGCUGCAGCAAUUGUACCAAUUCAGAGCACACACAGUGUGGCAAACGCAGAUGCUGUAGCUUCUUCUCCAAUACCACCAUCUCCCUGGGCAACAGGAAGUGUACCAAGUAUCAAUGCACUCAGUUCGGCAAAUGCACCUGCUGAUAGUUCCUCAGCAGCACCGCCAUCUUCCUUGAGUAAAAUUAAUGUACCAAGUCAAUUUGGACACAUCUUAUCAAAUGCACAUGCUGAAACCUCCUCUGCACUACCACCAUUUCUCUGGACUACUGAAAACGCACCAAGUCAUAAGACUCACACUUCGGCAUAUGCACAUGCUGAAACAUACUCUGCAGUGGCACCACCACCGUGGACCUCUAGAACUGAAUCAAGUCAGAAUAUAAACUCUUUAGCAAAUACACACGCCGAAACGUCUUUUGCAGUAAUACCAUACCCCUUGACUACAGGAAGUGCACCAAGUCAGAACACACACAGUUUGGCAAAUGCACAUGCUGUAGCUUCCUCUGCUUUACCACCAUCUCCCUGGACUACAUUAAGUGUAUCGAUUCAAAACGCCCACAGUUUGGGAAAGGGUCAUUCUGACACGUCCUCUGCAAUAUCAUCAUCUCCCUUGACUACAGGCAGUGUACCAAGUCAGAAUGCACUUAGUGCAGUGAAUACAGAUGCUGAAGUUUCCUCUGCAUUACAACCGUUUCCCUUGAGUACAGGUAGUGUACCAAGUCAAUACAUACACAGUUUAGCAAAUGCACAUGCUGAAACAGAUACUACAAGUAGCUUCAGUUACGGUGGUUCUGGUGGAGUUACGGUUGGUGGCGCUUUAUCACAAAAGGAAGUGUCCUUCGUGCGACAUAAUUUUGGUAUUAUAAACAAAUUACUAAGGUUAUUUUCUCAACAGUGUCCCAUAGCUUUAAAUUCUUUGAAGGAAGUUAGCCUAUAG